AUGAUGUUAAAAUUAUUCGCUAUUCUACCUUUUUUCAUUGCUUAUAUCAACGCCUUGCCUUUAAUCAACUCAAACAAUGGUCCACAAAAGGCAUACAACCAAUUGAUCGGUACUCAAGAAGAAAUCUUCCAAUACUUGGGUGGUCAAGCUCCAUACUUGUCCUUUAUUGACGAUUACGGUAUUUCUACCGACUUGCCUAGUGAUCAAUGUCAAUUGGAACAAGUCCAAUUGCUUGCAAGACACGGUGAAAGAUUUCCAUCUACUGGUGUUGGUGCUACUUUGUCUAAGUUGUAUUACAAAUUUUCCAACUACACUGCCUCCAAUGAAUUGACAGGUUCUUUAAGUUUUAUGAACGACUAUGACUUUUUCAUUUAUGACAAUAGUCAGUUGGAAAUGUUGACCAAUGAUACCAAUUCCGCCACCACUGAAAAUCCAUACAUUGGUUCAAGAGAUGCCGAAAAUUUGGGUGCUGAAUUUAGAAACAAAUAUGGUUCCUUGAUUAGCGAUAACCAAACUUUCUUGCCAGUCUUCAGUUCUAGUAGUGACAGAGUCUACCAAACCGCUUUGCAAUUUACUCAAGCCUUCUUAAGCGCUAACCACAGUACACCAAACUUACAAGGACAUGUUUAUAUUUUAGCUGAAAAUGCCUCUAUGGGUGCUAACCAAUUGACCCCAGUCCAAGCUUGUACCCCUUUCAAUACAAGUGCCAAUGCUGAUUUGUUGGCCCAAUAUGAUAGCCAAUACUUACAAGAUAUUGCCGACAGAUUGAAUUCUGGAAACUCAGGUUUAGGUCUUACUUCACAAGAUGCCCUCAACCUAUUCACCUGGUGUGCUUACGAAAUUAAUGUCAAUGGUUACAGUGACAUGUGUAAUGUUAUGACUAAGGACGAAUUUGUCCGUUACAGUUACUACCAAGAUUUGGGAAAUUACUACGAAUGGGAUGCUGGUUAUUACUUAAAUAAAGCUGUUGGCUCCGUUUUAUUUAACAAUUCUAUCAACUUGUUGAAAACUCCACCAGAAACCGACAACAAUGUCUGGGCUGGUUUUACCCAUGAUACUGAUAUCGAAAGUUUCUUGAGUGUUGCUGGUUUGUUCACUGAAUCCAAAAACUUGAGUUUGACUAACGUUGAGUUCAAAGACCAUAGUUACAAGAGAACUGCUAUGACUCCAAUGGGUGCUAGAAUUAUUUUGGAAAAAUUCAGUUGUCCAUCCACCUCCAAUAACACUGACUAUUCUAACAGUACUUCUACCACAUCCUAUGUUAGAUACGUUGUUAAUGAUGCCGUUAUUCCAAUUGAAACCUGUUCUUAUGGUCCAGGGUUUUCUUGUCCAAUUGACGAUUUUUACACUUAUGCUGAACAACAAUUGGGAGAUGUUGAUUAUGUCUCUGAAUGUGUUAUUCCAGAGGGUGCACCAACUCAACCAACUUUCUUCUGGGAUUACGCCACUAAGAACUAUACUUCUUCAUUGAACUUUUAG